AUGUCGCAUCAACAGCCUUCCAACAAUCAAUCUAAUCCAUCCUCAUCUUCAUCUGCAUCAGCAUCAGCAUCCACUUUCCCUUUCGUGCUGGGAAAUGCAAUCAACAACCCCAAUCCUAGUCCUAAUCCAAAAUCUCACCAUGACAGAUCAGACGAUAUCAGUCCAUGGGAUACUGGAUCAGGAUCAGGAUCAGGAUCAGAAUCAAGCUCAGCAUGGCCUGAAAAGAAAAGACGACAAAUGAUGGAAGAAUUCGAUACUAUUCCUGAGAACGAUGAUCGAGGGUCCGAUACAGGUCCAAUCUCAAAACAAAAUCAGUCGUCUUCAAACGGAUCAAAUGGCAGGGAAUUGGUAGAUCCGACCGCGGAACAUGAUACUCUGGAGACAUUUGAGGAUCCAGUCGAUAGAAGAGACAGCUUCAUGGAUGAUUUGGAUCCACCACCCCGUCCACAAAGGAAUCCAGGGAAGGUUUCUCCUCUGGCUAAAAGAUUAGGCGAAGAACCACCUUUUAUGUUACCUCAUCCAUCACGAAACGCAGCUACUUCUCAAGCAUAUCCUGGUGUCGUUAUUGGGACAUUCACGGGUGGGGCAUCGAAUUUUGGUCAAAAUACGCCAAUGGAAUUUGAUGAUGGAAUGAAUAUGGACGGUAUCAUGGAUCGAUCAGCUCAACCAAGACAAUCCACAAGACAAACUAGUGCCAGUGCUCCUAAUCAAACUGCUGCGCCCAAUAUAGCACCUUGGUUGAUGGAUGAUAACAGUCCAACUUCAUCUUCAGACCAGUCAUUCGUUUCGCCUCCUCAAGAAAUGGAAAGAGGUAGUCAAGCUGCUACAGUAAGAGACAAAGAUUCUUCCGCUGCCAGUUCAAGGAAAUCGUCAAACGUCUUGAAUCAUUUCUCAUCAGUACCGGCUUUACCUAAAAUCAGAAGACAACCCACUAUCGGAGAUACUAUAGGAGAAUCAGGACCUCUCCCAAGAAACACAUCUAAUGCUUCAAUAGCCACUCAAAAUACUCAAGUGGGUCAACAAACACCUCAUGCAUCUUCAUCAUCAUCAAGCGUGACCGAUGAUCAAAGACAAAAGCGUGGUUCAGGUGAUAGCUUGCAGACUUUAUCUGCUGUACAAAGAUCAAAUACAAGAAGCGGUUCACCAAAAAUGGAUCCGACGUCUCAUCGACCUUCGACAUCUCAUUCUUCCAAAUCUUCCCAUGCCGCAUCAAGAGUAGGUAGAUUUGGUUCGACUGCUAGCAAUGUCAGUGGGGGCGCAGGUAGUACAGGUAGCGAGAAGAAAAAGGGCUUCCUGGGUGGCUUACUGAAGCGUAGGACUGGACCAAGCAUAUCACUUGGUACUGUACCAGACUUUGCGCCUCCAGAUUCUUUUGCUCGCGGAUCAACAGGGUCUACAAGUUCGAAGAUCUCCAACUCUCCCUCUAUUGGCUCUUUGACGGGUUCUACAUACGGUGGACUAUCCCCCGGUGAUAGGGGAAUCCCCGAAUUUGCAGGUCAGGGCUUUCGUCAAGGCUCAAACUACUACUCCGAAGGCGCAAUUUCACCUUUACACGAGAUUGCGUCAACACCAUUCCAUCUGGAUAUGAAUCUCGAUGAUAUGGAGGGUAUAGUCGAUCCAACAAAAUCUAAUGUUCAUGCUACAUUGCCUACAGCGCCUCAGACUUCGCACAAUUCAGCUGCCACGACGACCACCGAAUCCACUGCUGGAUCGAUGUCGAUGGAAGAUGCAUUGAGACAGUCAAGUAGUCUGGCGACCACUGUUAGUGGAGGUGACUCUAGUGGUUCGAAUGGCUCAGCUGGACAACCUCACGAAACGGGUAGAAACGUUGUAGGCGAAGCUGAGAGGGCAUCUGGGCCUUUUGUCAGAAACCCCUUCUCCACGGGAAGUUCGGCUGGUUCUUUAGAUGUGAACAAACCUGCUACGCCCCCUUCACCACAUACUCUAUCGCCAAGACACGGCCUUCCUCCCACCACUCAGCCUAGAAGACCUUCACAAUUACGCAAUGUCAAAAUGGGAUCCGUAGGUUCUGACGACAGCGACAACGCCGACGGUGGACCAACAUGGCAACACCCAAUCGCGCCUUCUUGGGCAUCCACUAUGGGAAAUACCUCGGGUCCAACGGUAUUCAAUGAUCCUUUCGGCUCCAUCAAGACGUUACCGCCCAUAAUGGAUGGUAGUCCCGCACCUAUGCAAGAAUCUCGCAAACCAUCAGAGACCGCCACGGCCGAGUUAUCAGGCUCUAUAUCUGCUUUGCCCCCUCAUAUGACAUCUUCUUCGGCUUCGGCUGCUGCAGCGGCAGCUUGGGCCGCACCGGAAUCAUGGGGCGUGGAAGGUGAUGAGGUCUCAGAUGAAGAGGACUCUUCAUCCGAGGACAACGGGCAAUGGGAAGCGGAUGAUUCAAAUGUCACUGCUACUACUGUUGCUGGGUCACACCAGCAGGACAGUGGACUUCCGAAAAGUCAAACGACAUCCAAUGGUCCUACAUCACCUGGAUCUGCCGGUCCAGGUGGAAAGAAGCCUCCUCCAUUUGGGUUCAAAUCUACUCAACAAAGCGCUCCUAAGUCUGGUCGACCUUCGACGGGUGCCGCUAGCACCGGACAAACUAGCAGAAGAGGUAGAACUGCAAACGGGAGGCCCUCUACAGCCGCUAAAUCGACAAGUGGUCGGCCUGGUACAAGCGGUAGUGCUCAAACAACUGCGCUCCUUCAUUGGAUCCGAAUCUAUCGAUCUGACUGUUCAUACACUCUUCUACACUUGCCCAUUCAUACUACUACCACAGAAAUCAUCAACAUGUUGUCAGGACAAAACGAAGCUCCUCCAGGAAAGAAGAUAACUACAAGUAUGAAGCUGUAUCUUCGAGAGAGAGGUCAAGAUCGACUACUCCUUCCAUCUGAAAAGCCCCUUGCUAUCCAACAUCGUCGUCUUCUUCAAGCCGGUUUCACCGAGGCUGAACACCCUGAAGAGAUAGGAAAGGACGACGUGGCAAUUCUUUGUCGUUUCAUUUACCAGACUCCAGCUCUACCCAUCAUGAAUCCAGAAGAGGAGAGUUCAUACGACUCUUUUGAAUUCAUCGAUGUCGCUCGUAGGGACCUGCAAACUAUCCCCAUCUUUCUGCAUCUUCAUGCCCACAACAUCAUCAUUCUCAACGUAUCAUCCAAUCCUAUGACUGAUAUUCCAUUGGAUUUCAUUCAGGCCUGUACCAACUUGAAGGAACUGAGGAUGUCAUAUAUGGCUCUGAAAAGAGUACCAAAUAGUAUUCGGGCAAGUACGACAUUAGCGAGAUUAGACGUUUCUUGUAACCGGAUAGCAGAUCUCGAAUCAGUCCCUCUUAACGAAGUCGAAACGCUGGUAUCGCUCAAGGUACAGAACAACAAGCUCACCUCGAUGCCCUCUUAUUUCGCUCAAAUAAGAUCGUUGAAAUACCUCAAUAUUUCUAACAAUAAAUUCGAAGUUUUCCCUGCGGUCAUUUGUGAAAUGUCAAAUCUAGUCGACUUGGAUCUUUCGUUCAACAAUAUAGCAGAACUACCAUCCAAGAUGUCGGACUUGAAAUCGCUUGAACGACUGGCCUUAUUCAGUAACGAAUUGACAAGUUUCCCUCCCUCUUUCAGUACUCUUGCCAAUCUCAGAAUCCUGGAUGUACGACGUAACAAGCUCACCGAUCUAACUGCGGUGUAUGCUCUGCCUAAUCUUGCAACACUCCAGGCAGAUCAUAACAACAUUGUGACUCUCGAUGCUCAAAUUGGCGCAAACGUUCGUCAAUUCAGUGUCCCCCACAAUUCGGUCACCCGAUUCACUCUUGCUCCACAACCUAAUAUGGCCAUGGUUACGUAUAAUCUAACCGACCUUGACUUGUCGCAUGGUAAAAUCUCAACUCUGGCCGAUGAAGCAUUCAGUGGAUUGGUAAAUCUCGUCAACUUGAAUCUGAAUUUCAAUCAGUUCAACAAAUUACCUUCAACUCUGCAAAGAUUGACGAAUCUUGAGAUCUUCUCUUGUACGGAUAACAUGUUGACCGCUUUACCACGCGGAAUCGGUCGAUUACAGAAGUUGAGAGUUCUCAAUCUUCACAACAAUAACCUGAAAAAUCUCCAUGGAGAUUUAUGGGCAUGUUCAAAAUUGGAAGUUUUCAACUGCAGCUCCAACUUGUUGGAAGGUUUCGAGCCGCCACCUGACGAUCUGUUAUCUGCGAUGGGAAUCGACCCGUCGUCUCUUGAAGGAUGCGACCCUUCGCUCCCUCCCGCCGCACCAGCUGCUCGUCACUUAUAUUUGGGAGACAACAGAAUCACGGAUGAGAUCUUCCAUUGGAUAGCUCAAUUGCCCAACGUGAAAACUGUCAAUCUCAGUUUCAACGACAUCUACGAAAUUCCACCUGAUACUAUCUCUCGAUGUACAAAAUUAGAAGCUUUGUACUUGAGCGGAAACAAAAUAACUAGUUUACCUGCUGAAGACCUGGAGAAAUUGGUCAGUCUGAAGACGCUUCAUUUGAACGGUAACAAACUGCAAACAUUGCCUUCCGAACUGGGUGCCAUUAAAACGCUACAACAUCUUGACGUCGGUAGUAACGUUUUGAAAUAUAACAUUGCCAAUUGGCCUUACGACUGGAAUUGGAACUGGAACACCGCGUUGCGAUAUCUCAAUUUGUCAGGUAACAAGCGACUUGAAAUCAAACCUACCUCGGCGCAAGAUAUGAAUCAUGCGUCCAGUUUCCGCAAAGAAUUAUCGGACUUCACUGCACUCGCGCAAUUGCGAGUUCUCGGUUUGAUGGACGUCACUUUGCGUAUCCCAUCCUUGCCCGAUGAGAGUGACGAAAGACGAAUACGGACAUCAUUUUCCGAUAUAAACAAUAUGGCUUAUGGAAUCUCCGAUAUGUUGGGCUCAAACGAGCAUUUAUCCAUGUUUGAUCUAGUAGUACCAAAUUUUCGAGGGAAAGAUAACGAAUGUCUUUUCGGAAUGUUCGGUCGUACUACACCUACUUACCAUGCAGGUAAAAUUCCAAAGAAGGUUCAAGAACUCUUUGCAUCGACGCUGAAUGUUCAACUUGGAAAACUUGAAUCUGACGAAGAUGCCAGUACUGCUCUCAGGCGGACCUUUGUGAGAGCGAAUCGAGCUUUAUUCGAAGACUUGCUAAGUCCACAGCAAACCAGAAAAGGCUCAGAUCAAAGUAUGGCAAGUGUCAACGACAUGCUGCGUGGUUGGGCACCAGCUGUUGGAUCAGUGUAUCGAACUGGUACUUCUGGUGCUGUCGUUUACCUUGUUGGCAAGACGAUUCACGUUGGUAAUAUCGGUGAUAUCCUAGUCGUAGUCUCAAGAAAAGGUGAAGCAGAAUUGCUUUCCAAGAAACACGAUCCUACCGAUAGGGAAGAAACAGCUAGAAUCAGAAGAGCCGAAGCUUGGGUAUCAACCAAAGGGUUCGUGAAUGACGAUAAAGAUAUAGAUAUUUCAAGAGCAUUCGGUUUCUUCCAUAAUUUCCCUGCCGUCAAUUCCGAUCCUGAAAUUCGAACGAGACCGUUAACGGAACAAGACGAAUUCGUCAUCAUUGGUAACAACGCUUUAUGGCAAUGUUGCUCUUACCAAACAGCAGUAGAUAUCGCUCGUACAGAGAAAGAUGAUCCCAUGAUGGCCGCUCAGAAACUUCGAGAUUUCGCUCUUUCUUACGGUGCCGAAGGAAGUGUCAUGGUAAUGGUUGUAAACAUAUCCGAUCUGUUCUUCGGCCAGGGUGGACAUCGACCUAGUGGCGUUCCCGGAUCGAACCAACCUUCUGGCGGGGUCGACUCCACCACAGACUCCGACGGCCGCUACAAUCAAACUUCCAAUAACGCGGUUGCGAAAAGACCUAUCACCCGAAGGAGAGAAGAGGUCGGUGACCGUACAUUAAAUCGACUUCAAAGGGAGAUCGAACCACCUACUGGACAGAUUGCGAUUGUAUUCACUGAUAUCGUAAAUUCAACACAUUUAUGGGAAACUAACCCUGGUAUGCCAACCUCCAUCAAGAUACAUCAUAAUUUCAUGAGAAGACAAUUACGUUUAGAUGGAGGAUAUGAAGUCAAGACUGAAGGUGACUCGUUCAUGGUCUCGUUCCAAUCUGUCACGGCAGCAUUGUUGUGGUGUUUCAAUUGUCAAAUCGGUUUAUUGUCACAAGAAUGGCCUAGAGAAUUGUUGGAAGCUAACGAUGGGAAAGUGGUACAUGAUUCCAAUGGAGUUUUGAUACAAAGAGGUCUAAGAGUUAGGAUGGGUGUACAUUGGGGCUCGCCUGAAUGUGAACAUGAUCCAAUUACAAGAAGAAUGGAUUAUUAUGGUCCCAUGGUCAACAGAGCUGCAAGAAUCAACGCUUCGGCUGAUGGUGGUCAAUUGAUGGCCUCAGGAGAUGUUAUCAAUGAGAUUGGAGCGGUAAGGGAGUAUUUGGAAACAAAUGAUGAGGCCCCUCUAGAUGAAUUACAGGGGGACAUAAAAAGGGAGAUACUCGAAUUGAGGAGAAUAGGUUUGGAGGUCAAAGCUAUGGGAGAAAGGAAAUUGAAAGGUUUGGAAGUCCCUGAAAAACUGCAUCUACUGUACCCAAAACUUUUAUCUGGUCGACUUGAAAUGUCCAACGAUCUGCGAGCGGAAGUAGAAGUCAAUGACGCACGAAAACCUGCCGAGGCAAGAAAAAUCGAUAUUGAACAAGUUAAAGAAUUGUCUUCAAUAACCUUAAGAUUAGAAGCUAUUUGCAAUGUUGGUUCUAGUUCCGGCUCCGGUUCUGGUCUAAAUGUUGUUCAUCAAUCAGAUGCUUUCUCACCACCUUCAUCGCCUAGUCCUUCGAUUAGAGAAGAUAUGACCGAUGAAGAGUUGUUAGUGAUAAUCGAAAGUUUGACUGGAAGAGUUGAAAAUGCUUUAUCUACUUUGUACUUGAAGCAUCUAGGUGGUUUCUCGUCUGUGAUGGCGGCUUUGGAAAAAGCAACCAAAAUAGAUUCAAGAUUAUUGACCCACGCUAUGUCUUUGAUGAAUGGUGCUUUUGGUGGAUGA